GGACUUUCUGUCCAGUGAACUCACCUGCUGCUCACUGUGCAAAAGUGUAACUUUGUGGAGAGAAGAAUCGCUUAGAAGCAGACAGGACUUGAAAUGGCUGCAACUCCUCGGAAAAUCAUUUACUCACCGAAAGCCCCGGUGAGGCAGGGCAUUUAUAGCCAGGCGGUGGUGGUGGACAGAACUAUGUACGUCUCGGGUCAAAUUGGGAUGGACGUGGCCUCCGGUCAGCUGGUGGAUGGAGGAGUGCAGGCUCAGACCAAACAGGCUCUAAGCAACAUGGGGGAAAUCCUUAAAUCUGCAGGCUAUGACUACAGUAACGUUGUGAAGACCACGGUGCUGCUUAAGGACAUAAACGACUUCAACUCCGUCAACGACAUCUACAAGACAUUUUUCAGCACUAAUUUUCCUGCCAGAGCUGCCUACCAGGUUGCUGCUCUGCCCAGAGGUGCGCUGGUGGAAAUCGAGGCGAUCGCCGUCCUCGGCCCGCUCUCCGACUCCUGACUAGCCGACCGCGUCCCAAACAAGUUGUAGCCAAGCAACAAGGUGUCCAAUUAUUUCAGGUUUUCCCGAAGAGGAAACCAAACAGUAGCUGAGACCCUCGACGGCUGAACAAGAUGAGAAAUCUUUAAAACAGGUCGCUGUAAACAAUGCCGAAGGCACCAAUCAAGAUUUUUCCAGUUUGAUGUACACCAGUGAGAUAAUCUUAAAGCAAUGUCUGGUUUGUCUCUUCGUUUUGUUGUAAUUUUUUACACAGAAACUUAACGACAGAAGCAACAAAUAAAGUGGUAAUUCCUA